UGGAAAAAUAUAAGAUAUUUUGUUGAUCACCCACUACUUAAGUGGAGAGCUCUACAUUUUCUUCUUUUUUCCUUUUCUGAAAAGAAAUACAAAAAACUUUUUCUUCUUAAUUAAACACUAACACAAUCAAAGCAUCGCUCUCUUAUUUCUUUCUCUCCUGCUUUCUUUGAUAUAAUCUUUUCCUUUUAUGUAUUCAUCCAUUUUGCCUCCAUUAUUGACUUAAAUUAAAUCUUAGGAAAGACAACAUAAAACUUGAGAAUUCCCUUGAGAAGUUCAUAUAAGUCUAUCCUAGAAAAUUUUCGAACUGGGAAUCAUGACACAUUUGAUUUGUUCUGCAUUUCCAAUCAAUUGUUUAAUUAUGUGAUUCUAGUUCAUCGGCUUGUCAUAGAUGAUUGUUUCAGUUAGUCUGGGCGGCUUGCUAAAUAAGCCAUAUUUGCUUUCAGUGAAUGGAGAUUAGUUUUAGUUUAUCUCAUUCAUGUUGUUAUUGUAAUUAGGUAUCAUUUGAUAUUGGGUUUUAGAACUCUUUAAAGGUGUCUUUCUCUACUAAGUUUAGUGAUGAAUUAAAGUUACAGAUUGAACUUUUCUUAUAAAAAAAAUGUUACAGAUUGAAUUUGAUCAUGUGUUAUCUUUGUAUCCAGGUACAUAUGCCAUAAUUUGAUCUCCAUAAUUUUUUUCUCUUCCAGCAAAUCAUUGCCCCUUCCAUUUAAAUGGUUUACUGCAGAGCAAUGUUGGCAGUAUGAGAGAAUGAUUAGAGGUUGGCGGUGUGAGCAUUACCAAUGGGAUAUGGAUAUCAGUAUCAUUGGAGUAGUUGAGCUUUCAGUCUCUGCAUCCAACUUGCGCGACCGUGAUAUAUUUUCCAAGAAAAAAGUUUAUUUUCCUCAGAGUGAUCCAAUGCUGGUUAUCUACAUAAAAGGAAAGGAUGGAACACUAGAAGAACUUCAUCGCACAGAAGUAGUUCAAAAUUCCUUAAAUCCAAAAUGGAUUCAUAAGCUUAACAUUACCUAUCAAUUUGAGGUUGUGCAAACUUUGGUGUUUUUUGUAUAUGAUGUGGAUACUCAAUAUCAGAACCUAGGAGUAAAGAUGCUGAAGCUAGAUGAACAGCAAUAUCUUGGUGAAGCAACUUGUGUACUAUCUGAGAUAGUUACUCAAUCAGACAGGUCACUUAUAUUGGAUCUUGUAUAUAGAGAAGAGUCAACCAGCUCCAGUUCGCCACGCCACUGUGGAAAACUUACCGUUCAUGCUGAGGAGUGUGUUAGCUCGAAGACCACAAUGGAGAUAAUAUUAAGGUGUUCAGACUUGGAACACAAGGAUCUCUUCUCAAGAAUUGACCCUUUUCUGGUUAUUUCAAAAUCUGUGGAGAGUAAGGGCUCAAUUCCAAUUUGCAAAACUGAAGUCAUAAAGAAUGAUUUGAAUCCCACAUGGAAGUCUAUAUUCUUGAAUAUGCAACAAGUUGGAAGCAAGGACAUCCCCUUAAUAAUAGAGUGUUUUAACUUCAACAGCAAUGGGAAGCACGAACUGAUUGGAAAAGUUCGAAAAACGCUUGUGGAGUUGGAGAAGCUUUCUUUUAGUGGGGAGGGAGAUAGUCUGUUCUUACUUCCUUCUGCUGGACAUGAUUACCAUAACAAAGCACUAAAAAGCCAGCUAUUUGUGGACAAAUUCUUGGAGAGUGGUCAACAAACAUUCCUUGAUUACUUGGCUGGUGGCUAUGAAAUGAACUUCAUGGUGGCUGUUGAUUUCACAGCUUCAAAUGGAAACCCUCGUCUUCGUGAUUCCUUGCAUUUCAUUGAUCCUUCAGGACGGCCAAAUUCGUACCAGCAAGCAAUCAUAGAAGUUGGAGAGGUUUUGCAAUUUUAUGACUCAGAUAAACGCUUUCCUGCUUGGGGAUUUGGAGCACGGCCUAUUGAUGGUCCAGUCUCUCAUUGUUUCAACCUGAAUGGAAGUAGUCACUACUGCGAGGUUGAAGGAACUCAAGGAAUUUUGAUGGCAUAUACAAGUGCGCUCCAUAAUGUGUCUCUUGCAGGACCAACUCUUUUUGGGCCUGUGAUUAACAAUGCUGCAUUAAUUGCCAGUCAGUCUCUUGCAAAUGGUGCGCGGAAGUACUUUGUAUUGCUAAUAAUCACUGAUGGAGUGGUAACCGAUCUCCAAGAAACUAAAGAUGCUCUUGUUAAGGCAUCCGAUCUGCCACUGUCCAUUCUCAUUGUUGGAGUGGGUGGAGCCGACUUUAAAGAAAUGGAGGUUUUAGAUGCGGACAAGGGAGAGAGACUUGAAAGUACAACUGGACGUGUUGCUUCACGAGAUAUAGUCCAGUUUGUUCCAUUUCGGGAUGUACAGGGGGUUUCUAUGGUUCAAGCACUGCUAGCAGAAAUACCUCAUCAAUUUCUGACCUAUGUUCGAAGCAGAGAUGUUCAACCAAAUUCACGAUCAUCGUACCAAACAGCCUGAGAUAUCAAAUCACUUUUUGUGUUGCCAUCGCUGUUCCACUUUAGCUGGAAAGAUUGGGCAGUUGUGCGAUGUCGCACUGAGCUUAAGGCCUUUUGUUUAUAGUCAGGUGUUCGUAACAAUGGUUGGUGUUUUCUUCCACGGGGACAAGUUUAUUCAGGAGCAAUUAUUAUUGGCUUUAAUGUGCCAGGAACCUUUUUCUAUUCUAUAGAAGAUGAUAGGUGAUAUUAUGGCUAUCUACUCUUUGAUUGUGACAGAAAGGAAUAUCAGAGACUUCUUUUCAUAUCUUGUUCGUUGGAUUUUAUUUGUGGAUUUUGUGAAUACAGUGUUGAACCUUUGGACUUGCAUGAAUUGCUAAGGUUUCAAAGAAAAUUGAAUCACCCAACUUUGUUUAGGACACAAUGCCUUGAUCAA